AUGGGAAAACUAUUAGCUAUUCUUGCAGUCCUCUGCCUAAAGUCCUUUGAGUUUUCAUACUCUACAGACAUCAUCAACUGCUACUGGGGCACCUGGGCCUACUACCGCACCGGCGAUGGCAAGUUCGAUGCCUCAAACAUCAAUCCCAGGUUGUGCACCCACUUGAGCUACUCCUUCUUCGGCAUCAACGACAGCGGUGAGAUCGUUUCACUGGACACCUGGCUCGACUACGACCUGGGAUUCAUCAGCAAGGCUGUUGGUCUUAAGAGACAGAAUCCCAGCUUGAAGGUCCUGGCCGUGGUCGGUGGCUGGAACCAGGGUUCCAUCAAGUACUCCUCCAUGGCCGGCGAUAAGCACAAGCGCCAGAACUUCGUUAAAUCUGCUGUGAACCUGCUUAGCAAGAACGGAUUCGAUGGUCUGGACUUGGACUGGGAGUAUCCAAGCCAGCGUGGUGGAAACUCACACGAUCGCGCCAACUUUGUGACGCUUCUGCGGGAACUGAAGAAAGCUUUCGAUCCCCGAGGCUAUCAGUUAACUAUAGCAGUUGGAGCUGGAGAGAAAAUUGCCAGUGUCUCCUACGAUAUUGCCAACAUCGUCCCGUAUGUCAAAUUCAUCAAUCUGAUGACCUACGACUUUGCCACGGCCUCCGAUGGAAAGACCGGCUUCAACUCCCCCCUGAUGGCCAUCGAAAACUCCAUUAUCUUCUGGCUAAACCAUGGUGCUCCCGCCAACAAGCUAGUCCUAGGUGUGGGCACGUACGGCCGAACCUUCCAGCUGUCGGACGCCUCCCAGAACAAGCCCGGAGCUCGGUGUCUUGGCGGUGGCUCCGCCGGAACCUACACCCGCGAAAGCGGUUUCUUGGGCUACAACGAAAUCUGCCUGAAUAAGUGGAAGACCAUCUUCGAUAAUAAGAAUGACUCUCCCUACGCCUUCUCCGGCGACCAAUGGGUUAGCUUCGACAACGAGUUCAGUGUGGAGCUCAAGAUGUACUCAGCUUUUUCCCAUGGACUGGCUGGAGUCAUGAUCUGGUCCCUGGAGACGGACGACUUCCGCGGCAAGUGCGGCCAGUCCUACCCCCUGUUGAAGACCAUCAACAAGAUAAUGCAUAAAUGAAAAAACUUCAAAAAUAUGUAUAUAAAUUAUUAGAAUUAAGCUUUUGAAACUUAAAUCUGUUGUAAAAGAGGGUUUUUUAGGAAUAUAUUCAUUGAUUUUAUUGAAUAUUU